UCCAGUUUCAUUCCUUCAUUUCUAAAACCCAACACCCCUUCUUCUCUCCCUCUCAAAUUCUGAACAGUUUUCCGCAAAGCCAAAAAAGAAAAAAAAAAUGCAGCCCAGCCCAGUUAUCUCACUCUCUCCAGCUCCCAGUUUCACUAGCUACUCUUCUAGCCGACUUGCAGAAAUCGCUGCUCGAGUCGUGGAAGAAUUCCGCGCCGAAAACCAUGAUUAUGGUGGCUAUGGCGAAGAUUAUGGUGGUGCUGAUUCAUUUCUUACAGAUUAUGAGGAAAGUUUAUGCGAAAAUGGGUUCCACUUUCGCGAUAAACUUAUGAUUGACGAGGGAAAAAGUACUGAUAAGAAUGGUGGCGAAGAUGAGGAGGAUGAAGAAGAAUUUGAGUUUGCUGUUGUUGGCCGGGAUUUCAUUUCGUCCCCGACUCCGGCGGAUGAAAUUUUCUAUAACGGACAAAUCCGGCCUUGUUUUCCGCUUUUUAAUCAGGAUUUGUUGUUAGACGGCGCUGAGGACGAGAAAGAGGCGGUGGGUUUUACUCAUCAGAAGCCUCCUAAGGAAGUUCUGCGGCCUCCGGCAACGGCGGCAAGGAGGUUGCCGUUGAGGAAGCUUUUUAUAGAAGACAGAGACCCUCCGUCGUCGUGUUCAUCCUCGGAAGCUGACGAGCUCGACGGAGUUCAGCCUGAUAGUUACUGCGUGUGGAACCCGAAAAUGGCAACGGCAGCGGCCGGGGCGGAGGAAGGGAGGUGCAAGAAGAGUAGUUCCACCGGUUCGUGCUCGUCUAAGCGGUGGAAGCUUCGGAACCUUCUUCAUCGGAGCAACAGCGACGGGAAGGACAGUUUCGUCUUUUUAUCUCACUCAGAAAGUAGAAACGCCAGGAAAAGAGAGGGAAAUAUGGAGAAAAUUGAAAAGUUGUCAGGGGUUGCACCGGAAAUUCCUAAGUCGGCUGCGGGAAAAGUUGCACCGGAAAUUCCUAAGGCGGCGGCGGGAAAAGUUGCGCCGGUGACUGCGGUGUAUGUGAAGAACGACGGUGAACGGCGGCGGAUGUCGUUUUUGCCGUACCGGCAAGAUUUGGUGGGGUUUUUCUCAAAUGUGAAUGGCCUGAGUCGGAAUUUACAUCCUUUCUGAACGGAAUCGGAGUUUUGUGCGUGUUAAUUUAGGUGAUUAGUGGUGUGAUUAGUGUGUGUGUAAAUAUGUGGAUAUAAAUUUUUUUCCAUUUCUAUUUAAUUUUUGCAAUUUAUUAAAAUUCUUGAAUUUCUAUCCCCAAAAAGAAAAAAAUCUUGAAUUAUUCAACAAGUUGGUUACCCCAAUAGGCCAUUUUGGCCUACAAUUAAGCUCUU